GCGCGGCUCGCCGCCCUCUAGCUCACCCCAAUCCUGUGUCCCACGAUCGACUGAUUUUGAAAAGGGGGAAGGGCAGAAGGGGAAGAGGAGGGUGGAGAGUGUGUGGCUUCAAUUGGCAGAAGGUUGUAGCGUCGUUGUUUCGGUUUCAUCUUCAGACUUUUUCCCAGAUCUGAUUGUGCUUGUUCCUGAUCAUCAGGAAUUCUAAGUUCAUUGCCGGCGAGGCUCCAGAUGGUUGGGGUGGAUUUGUGGAGGGGGUGGGAGAAGCGUACCCUCGGAUUAAAUUUAUGCAAAAUGGCUUGAGGCUGGCCCUACCAUUAGGAAGGGUGAGGCGGGCGCUGCAGGCAGCCUAUAUGAGGUGUCAUGAAACGGCCACAGAUUUGUUAGUAGUUGUUGCAUUUUUCCUGUCAGACAGCUGGAGAGGUGCUAAUGGUUUUUCUUCUUCUUUGCUUCAGAGCCAAAACAACUUGGCUGGCUUGUUCCUGGGUAUCAUGCAAGGUUGACAGGGCGCUGCUGUACCUGAGGUAGCAAAAUGGCUUGGGCCAGCCCUGCAGCCACUUCUGAAGCCAAUGUUUGCACUGCCUUAACGUUUCCUAUUUCAGAAUGUCAGGACAGAUUUUUUUUCUUUCCCUUCUGUCUGGUUGCUGGUCUGAGGAGAGGAAAAUGCAAAUGACUAAAAGGUGGCGUUUUUCCUGUGUAGGGAAGGAUCAGGGGCACCAUCCCUCCUCCACCAGUAUGGCAGCAGCAAGGCAAGGCAGGCCAACUACCUUUUUUCUGUGCUUCACUAAGGGGAAGAAGGAGAAUGGGGCUCCGUCCUCCACCUGCCUAGUCACAUGACAGCAGGGCUUUCAAAUAAACAAAGCAAAGAUUUCAUUGUCACCGAAUGCAGCGAACUAGGAAUCAUGGAUCUGAAAUUCAAUUCCUCUCGGAAGUACGUUUCUAUCAGCAUACCUUCAAAAUCCCAAGCUAUGUCACCGCACAUCAAAUCAGUAGAUGACAUAAUAGUGCUUGGUAUUAAUCUCAACAAAUUUAACAAGACUACCCAGUUUUUCAUUUGCGUUUCUGGAGUCUUUCUGUUUUAUCUUAUUUAUGGAUAUCUUCAGGAACUGAUAUUUUCAAUAGAGGGUUUUAAGCCCUUUGGCUGGUACCUUACAUUAGUGCAAUUUGGGUUUUACUCCAUUUUUGGACUCGUAGAACUGCAGCUUAUUCAGGACAAAAGAAGACGGAUCCCAGGCAAAACCUACAUGAUAAUAGCUUUUCUAACAGUGGGGACAAUGGGUUUAUCAAAUACCUCCUUAGGAUAUCUGAAUUAUCCCACACAAGUAAUCUUCAAGUGCUGUAAACUGAUCCCAGUUAUGAUAGGAGGAGUCUUUAUACAAGGAAAACGUUAUAAUAUUGCAGAUGUUUCUGCCGCAGUAUGUAUGAGCUUGGGCUUAAUAUGGUUUACUCUAGCUGAUAGCACCGUUGCACCGAAUUUCAACUUUACAGGUGUGGUCCUUAUAUCUCUUGCCCUCUGUGCAGAUGCAGUUAUAGGAAAUGUACAGGAAAAGGCUAUGAAGUUACACAAUGGCUCAAACUCUGAAAUGGUUUUGUAUUCCUAUUCAAUAGGUUUCCUGUAUAUUUUAUUGGGACUGACAUGCACUAGUGGCUUAACCCCUGCAGUAACAUUUUGCUCAAAGCAUCCGGUCCAAACGUAUGGCUAUGCGUUCUUGUUCUCCUUGACUGGCUAUUUUGGAAUCUCUUUUGUCCUGGCUUUGAUUAAAAUCUUUGGGGCUCUUUUGGCUGUGACAGUCACAACAGGAAGAAAAGCAAUGACAAUUGUACUUUCUUUUCUGUUUUUUGCAAAGCCAUUUACACUCCAGUAUGUGUGGUCAGGCUUAGUAGUCGUUCUUGGUAUUUUUCUCAAUGUUUACAGCAAGAAUAUGGAUAAAAUCAGACUGCCUUCAGUACGCGGUCUCUGGAAUAAAUGUACUGAAGAAAAAACUACAAGGACGUUGUCCGAAACUGUGUAGACUUGUGCCAUACGUUGGUCUGGACUGUUCAUUUCUGGUUUUUAUUGCAAUAGUCUCCAGCUGAUACAUUUUCCAAAGCGAAUGAUACUAAAACCAAAGGAGUCGAAGAAGUUUUGUCUACUUAUGGAUGGCUGAUAUCAUUGUUUCAGUGAAAUCCUUAUCUUUGGAGCCCUUGGAUCUCAUCCUGUGAGGGGACCUGGCCUGGAUAAUGUCAUUUGACUAUAGAUUCUGAAGGACAGUAGUUCUUGAGUGAGCUGUUGAAAUCUUCACUCCAAGUAGGGCAUGUGGAAGAAGGUGCAUGUGAUUAAUUUGGGCAUUUUAAUUGCAUCAAAGAUGCUGCUGCUGCUGAAAUCAGUAGGUCUUUGUUUUUUAUUGUUGGGAUCAGUUUAUUUAAAUGUAAUGCUGUAUAGAAACUUGAUAAACGCUAAUCAGAACCUGAUUAACUAAACUGAAAGGUUAAGCCUGCAAGGGUUUAAAUUAUUAUGCCAUAACUUUUUUCAUGUUGAAUAAAAAAAGGCUUAUCCAGGUUUUUAAAGCUUUUGUUCCCAUUGUUUUUAGUACUGAAGGUUUUCUUCUGAAAAAUGUAACUCUCCUAGUGGAGGGUUUUGAGACAAGUUCAAAGGGACCAGUCUUCUGACUAUGCAUUUUCUCUCUCUCAUUGAUUCUUAUUGAUUCUUUCACAUUAAAAUUGUAAACAAGUAUCAAGAAGGUCUUAAUGUGCCAAACAACUCAUUUCCUGGCCAUCUCUCCAUAUAGUAAAGAAAUGAGAGGAAGCUGGGAAAGAAACUAGAGAGUGGGAGAAUGGUUACUUUGCACUGUUUAUUGCUUUUUGUAAUUAGCUUAGAAACUGGCUCAUUUAGUGGAGCGCUCUUUAUAUUGCGCACUUUAAAAGUGCCGCCCUGGAUUCCUUCUGGGAGGAAGGACAGAAUAUAAAUUUAAGAAAUAAUAAAAUUAAUCUGUGCACAAAAAGCUAAACUCUGCAACCUGAAUAAAUUCUGCAGAUGUGCGUAUUUGCUUGUUUUACAUUCUUCAUUCUGCUUCUGCAAAUCAUGGGGAACUACAAACAGUUAUAAAGGAUACUCGAGCCAAAAUUUUACCUAUCACCUAUUUAAUGUUUCCUUUUAACUUUUGAGAGGCUGCCAGGCAGUGCACACACAUUUAAACCUGUUAUUAAGCCUUAUGGAGUAGCAGUUUCUUUUAAAGGAAUGUGGACAUUCUCAGGAUGCUGAAUGCUGCAAUUUACAUGUGGCAGUUGAAGAAUACAGUGUCCUGACAUUAGUUCAUGUUGUCAUGAUUUGUGACAGAUCGUCACUACUGUAUUGCAUCCAGAUAUUCAAAACAAGGACUGUGGUGUUUCUUACCAGAAUAUUUUUCUUAGCUUAGGGCAGAGAUGAGGAACCUGUGGUUCUCCAGAUGUUGUUUGGCUGCAACAUGCAUCGUCUCUGACCACUGGCCAUGCUAGUUGGGGCUGCUGGGAGUCGGAGUCUGACAACAACUGGAGGACCACAGUUUCCCUACUCCUGAUGUAAAGGAAGCAGUGAACUGGCAUUUGGUAUUCACAUUUACAUAGAUGUGUGUUAGUGUCAACCAUCUUCUAAGACAUUUAACUUCUAGAAAGCAGUGGGAAGCGAUGAAACCUGAAGAACUCAUUUGGAUUGUAUGCAUGCUAAUACGUUUUUACAAGGCACCCCAACGGCUCCACAAAAGAGGAACAAAAUAGAGGCAGAUUUAUUCAGAAUGGAUGCUAGGAAAUAUGGACAGUUGGAGCAUGAUAUACCAAAAGAAGCACAGAUCUUAUAUCCUUAUUGAUCUUUCUCCUGUCCUUAAAAGGGGUUGAUAUGUAUGCAUUGGCAAAGUGAAACAGCAAGGAAUCUCUAAAUGUUAUACACUGGUAAGACCUACCUGCUGCUGGCAUUCUUCCCUCUGCAGUACUUCACAUUAUGUAGAGCUCAGGCACGUAGCCUUGAAUGGCCUACUUUGUAAAGUGUACAUAUAAAAUUGUAAGAUAUGCAUUCCCACAUUGUAAUUGUCAAUACAUGUAGAAUUGUGGUACCAGAGAGCUAGGAAUGACUGCAGCUCACUGACAUGCAUACAUAUAGUGGACAAAAACAUGCUGAAUAUUGCAUGUAUGAUAACAACCCUUACUAUUUUCCCCCUGGAACAAAAUUCAUAUUUAAAAUGACAAAUAAGACUAGGUCCUUGUGAAAAAGAUUCAGGCCUCUGUAUUACUACCCUCUGUUUACUCUGCCCCUUACUUGCUACCUCCCCAUGUCCAAGGACAAAUAGGGAACGCUUGUGCCUGAAAUAAUGUAGGUAAUGGAUUGACUGCCAGCACUUCCUACUAUGGCAACUUGGAGAGGAUGAUGUGUUAUACAGCACCUUAUUUGCUGUUGUGAUGAGCUUUAGACGUCUCCCAUUAUUUAUUGCACAAGAAGGAGGAAAUAGUAGAGGUCACCCAAAUCAGAUGAAGGAGGCAAAUGGGAAAAGAGGGAAACAAGAGCAGGUACUUUAAAUAAUGAACUAAAAUAAUAAUCUGCUAGUGAGGUAUGUUGAGAGGGAUUGUUUUUUUGCUGAAGGGAGAAGCUUAUUUGUUUUUAUAUGGAGUAGACAGUAUAGAGUCCAUCAUAUCAUUCUGAAAAUGUUCUUGCCCUUUCUAGGUCCAGUUCAGCUGCAUAGCCUAGGCGAAUUUCACACAAGUGUAAAUUGUUCAUUGUAAAUCUAUUUUUCCAGAUGCUUUAAACCACUUUCAAGAUGAUGCUUUUUACUGAAACCAUUUCAUAUAGUCAGCAGCCAAAAAGCGUAUGUACAGUUAAGUCUCAAAAAAACUAAGUGAUGUACAUGUAUGCAAUGAAACAGCGCAUUAAUGUCACUGAUAUCUUGUGAAUGGUUCAUAUGCUUAGACUGCCAAUUAAUUUAAGGUCUGCAGUAAAUGAAAUAAUUAAGCUUUUUGCAAAACUGUUUAUUUGAUUAUGGUGGAUUGCUUAUAGUUUUGUGGCAAGGGUAGCCAUCACAGUGCCUUCCAGAUAUUGUGGACUACACCUUCCAUGUGCUCCAGCCAGCAUGUCCAAUGGUCAGGGAUGAUGGGAGGUAUAGUCCACACUAUGUUGGCUACCUCUGUUCUGUGAAAUGGAGCAGCUGUUGAACACAGAAUUCAGCCCUCUCCAUGUUUCUUGUUAUGUCUGGAUUAAAAGCAAAACACCACACUCCUUAACUAUAAUUGGGGACCGUUUUCCAAGCAUUAAA